AUGGAUGCUUUUGAAGCUCGUCUGCAAUUUUUACAGGUCAUCAAAAACCUUCAUAAGACGCUCAAUGUCUCAAAAGAUAGCUCGCCGCUCUCUGGCGGAAGUCAGCAACAAAACGAUCCGCUGGCAUUUUACUUGCGACAUUACGAACACCAUUAUGAAGACUUCCAGCAGUGCAUGCUAGAUUCUGCGGCAAAAAUGGACUCCUUGGAUCGGCUAAACGUUCUAAUUUACUGGAGUAGAUUAGUUUCCAUGCUCUGGUCACGAUGCAUGCGAGACGUCGAUGGUCAGUUGAACAACACCGGAAAAGUUAUUUAUGGUCACCUUCUGGGGCAACUCGAUGACAUGGUGGCUCUGGUACUACCUGAGAACGAUUGGAAGGCACUGACAAAUCUAAGCGUGUGUGUGGAUAUCAUAAUAUAUCUGAAUCGACUUUGCGAGGUUUUGGAUCAGCCUUCAGACGAAACUCUAUUGAAAGAGCCUCUCAACCAGCUUCUAAACGAUUAUCACACGUCCCAACAGCUUCUAGAACUUCCCUGGGACCAAGCCAUCAAAAAGGAUCGGCACGACUAUAAACAGGCCAUGGCAAACUGCUACCGACUGCUGGUCGACAGAGCUAGACACGCAGCCUCGAUGCAAGAGCUGUACCGUCUUGAGGGUAUCUGUACGGUGACAGAGGCCGUGAAUAGCAACGCAGUGCUGCAUAGAAUGGAAAACGAUCGCGAAAGACACAAAAAAUCCAAAGAGCAUCUCUGGUUCACCGAGAGAAACUUCAUUUUGGACGUUCGGGAGUUUGAUGCUUUGUGGGGGUCAUGCAAGGGUAUGACCCGGAACGACUUCUCGAAUCUACGAGAGCUCAAAAAGAUUGCCCACAACAGCUACAUGUACAAUUAA